UAGGAAAAGGUCGAGAAAGAUCUCCAUUGAAGCUAAAUCUUCAAAUUUCUGGUUUUUCUCUCAAAAUCGAUCACAAAUCUCAAUCAAAAAUCUCAAUUUGAGGCUACCCUUUCUCCUUCUUCCCCAACCCCACCACACCACACCACACCCACUAAGCUUUCAACUGCUAACUUACAGUCAAUCUCUCUUUCUCUCUCUCUCUCUUUCUAGAUUCCAGCCCACCGCUGGUCUUACUUUUGCGUCUGUACAUAAUAAAACCCAUCUUAUUUAUUACACGACCUAAAAUUGCUCAUUCAGGACCGCAACAAUUCGAUCCGACCAUUUCUCACCUACUAUCUAUUCAAGAUGGGGGACAAUUCGUCCGAUACCAAGAAAACCGACAGAACCGUCGCAGAAGAGGUGACCCAUCUCGUUGAUUCGGCAAAGGAGUUACAGGAAUCGGCUGCUUCAUUGAUUUCGAGAAACACACGUGAAGAAGAAUCUCUUCGUCAUCGUGCUCUUUCUCUUGAUUCAACUAUUCGUACCCUACGUUCUUCAAUCAAAUCAUUGGUAGUCAAAGGGACUAUUUCUUCCAAAGAGGCUGAUAAGCUGGAAGAAGAAUUAGAUCGAGCUAGUUUUGGAUUGACUGAAGGAGAUGCAGCCUCGUUUCUUCCUAGCAGAUCUCAUGCAGGACAAUUUUUGAGUAUGUUUCUUGGUCCAAUCAAUGUUCGUGCUACAAGAAAGGAUGUUAAACUGAAGGUCAAAGACGAGUACAAUAGUUUCAGAGAUAGAACUGCAAUUCUGUUUCUGUUCUUCCCAUCUCUGCUUCUUGUUUUGAGGUCAUAUAUUUGGAGUGGGUGUUUACCUGCAUUGCCAGUCCAACUUUACCAGGCAUGGUUGCUAUUUCUUUAUACAGGCUUAGCUUUGAGAGAGAACAUAUUAAGAGUAAAUGGAAGUGAUAUUCGUCCAUGGUGGAUUUACCAUCACUACUUUGCAAUGGCAAUGGCACUUAUAAGUCUCACAUGGGAGAUAGAGAGAGGAUCCAACUGUGCAAAGGAACAGAGAGGUGUGCAACUGUUUCUACAAUGGGCUAUCAUGCAAGGAGUUGUUAUGCUUCUUCAAAAUAGAUAUCAACGUCAGAGACUCUAUACACGAAUUGCCAUGGGAAAGGCUAGGAGAAUGGAUGUUGUAUGGGGAGAAACUGCUGGUGUGAAAGGUCAACUAUGGCUUCUUGCACCCAUCCUGUUCAUAUUACAGGGUUUCGAAGCAUAUGUAGGAACAUUGCUACUCGGAACUGCAUUUGAUACUUCUGUUUCUGAGUGGCAGGUGAUAACAUGUGGGAUCAUUCUGAUUAUAAUGGCAGUUGGGAACUUUGUGAACACAGUGCAAACAUUAUUAGCGAAAUCACGAUUUAAGGCAAAAAUGAUCAAAAGUAAAAGCAAGGCUGAUCUAAUAAAUCAGGAGAACGCAGCAGCAGCAGCAACAACUACUUGAAUUUGUAAGUCGAAAAUGUAACUGUUAUGAUAUUUGUGGCGUGUUUCGAUCUUGUUCGUGAAGAUAAGAAGUUUCGGUCAGUAGAGUUUUAGUUAGUAGUUGUAAGAGGAUGUCUAAAAUUAAACUAUUUUCUUAUUGUACUGAAAGCAAUUUUGUGAGUUUUUAUUUUAUUUUAUUUUCUUGAUUGAUGUUUCAUUUUUUUUAAACCCUUAAUCUUUCUAUAUAUUGGAAUAAGAUUUUCUAAUCAUU